AUGUAUUAAAAGUUUGAAACUACUCCCUUUUCAUAAUUUAGAUAAUAAUACUUUAAUAACUUAAGAGCGCAAUAAUGUUUGUUACCUGCGUUAGAAGAACUUUGUGGAGGAUGUAUUAAGAUAUAAUAAUAAAAUCAGGGACUUAAGAGACAUUAAAAUCAAUAUUAUAGAAAUUGACAAAAAAGAACUAAGCUCCAUUACCAUUAUUUUUUGAUUCAUCUUAAGCUAUGGAUUCAAUCUCAAAUAAAAAGUAAGCUUUGGCCACAGUAUUUUAAUAAUUUGAUUCCAGAGGAAUAGGAAGAAUUGAUGCUACAGAAUUAUUUUCAGUUAUGCUUCUUCUGUCAACAGGAGAAAUUAGUUAAAUAUUUUAUAGUAAUAUAGAUUUUNUUACCUUGA